UAAUCGAGGUUAGAUUUGUAACUUUCAGCGGUGAAUGAGGGGUAACGGAGUGACAAGUCGGAUCCUAUCUCCCGCGGUCAACAGUUGGUCUACACAAAAUGGGGAACUCUUCGACCGAUGACUCUGCCUCCUUCGACGGCGACGCUCCGCUCUUCUCCGCCGGCGAGAAGGUCCUCGCCUUCCACAACUCUCGCAUCUACGAAGCCAAGGUUCAGAAGGUGGAGCUGAGGAAAAACGAGUGGAAAUUCUUUGUUCACUAUCUUGUUCCUCGGUCUCUUGGAACUUACUCGAAAGGGUGGAAUAAAGUUUGGGACGAAUGGGUAGGUGUGGAUCAGCUGUUGAAGCAUAAUGAAGGGAAUUUAAUGAAGCAACAAGCUCUUAAUAAGAAACAAGACAUAAUUAAGUGUGGACGACGUUCAAAUCAAACGAAGCCAAAAAGUUCUGUGGCAGAAGGGAAGAAGCGAAAGAACGACUGCAGUGAGGACACUGUUGCCUUGGAAAACCUUUUGAAGAUUCAGAUUCCUUCAAAAUUAAGGAAGCGAGUCAUUGAUGACCGGGAAUUUACUUCUCAGCUGGAUAAGGACUUUUUAGGAAUGGAUAGUAAUGAGCUGAAUGGGACAAAUAAAAAAGGGAGUAGACGGAUAUGGACCGAAGAGGAGGAGUCUGCACUUUUAGACAUCCUUGAGGAACUAGUUGCAAAGGGUCAUCGUCAUGAAAAUGGUACUUUCAAAAGUGGUACAUUGGGUCAAGUAGAAAAUGCCUUGCACAAUUUGUUUCCAGACUCUGGGUUGAAAGCUAACCCACACAUUGAGUCAAAAAUGAAAUUAUUGAAGAAGCACUUCCGUAUAGUUUAUGGAAUGGUGAACAAACCUGGAUUUGAAUGGAACGAUGAAAAGAAAUGUGUGAUGGUUGAUACUGACAAGACAUGGAAAGCGUAUCUUCAGCAUCACAAGGAGGCAGAUGGGUGGAGGGGUAAAUAUUUUCCACUUUAUGAUAGGCUGGGUUAUAUAUUCAAAGCGGACCGUUCUCGAACUUCAGCUGAUAUAUUUGAGGAGUUGAAUUGUAUGGAUGUUAAUACAACUGACUUCGAGAUAGAGAAGGACACUUUUCCAAGGUCAGUUGACCAAGUCUCAAUUAACAAGCAAACAGAUCAAUCUCAUUCCUCACCAAGUAAGAGGAGAAGAGAGGAUGACACAGGAGGUAGUAGUCAAAUCAACGAAGAUGAAAAGAAUGGCAGACAUUUAUGGACCAAGAAGGAGGAGGAUGCAGUUUUAAGAAUUCUAGAGGAUUUAAUUGCAAAGGGUCCUCUUAUUAAUAAUGGUACUUUCAGGAAUGGUACAUUCGCUCGAAUAGAAGAUGCCUUGCGUCAUUUAUGUCCAGCCUCAGGGCUGAAAGCUAGACAUAUUGAAUCAAAAGUUAAGGAAUGGAAAAGGGAAUGCAGCAUAGUACGUGAUAUGCUCGACAGAACUGGGUUUAGUUGGAAUGAUGUGAUGAAAUGUGUGGAAGUUGACAGUGGAGAAACAUGGAAAGCCUAUGUUCAGAAUCAAAGGAAGGCAGAUAAGUGGAGGGGAAAAGUCGGAAAGCAUUUUCCAAUUUUCGACAGACUUACUCAUAUAUUUGAUGUGGACUGUGCAACCCAAACACUAGCUGAAAUAUCCGAGGAGAUCAAUUGUUUCGAUGAUGUGAUAGAGGAAGACACUUGUCCAAGGUCAGCUGACCAAUUAAUUACCAAGCAAACAGAUCAUUAUCAUUCCUCACAAAGAAAGAGGAGGAGAGAAGAUGAUACAGGAGGUAGUAGUGAUAUAGAUGAGCCAAUUAAAAGGAGGUGCAGACGUACGUGGACUGAGGAGGAGGAAGACACACUUUUAGGCAUUCUUGAGGAUCUAGUUGCAAAGGGUCACCGUUACGGAAAAGGUACUUUCAAACCUGGUACGUGGAUUCUAAUAGAAGAUGCCUUGACCAAAUCAUGUCCAGCCUCAGGACUAAAAGCUAGACCACAUGUGGAGUCAAAAAUAAAAAAACUGAAACAGGAAUGCAGUAUUGUGUGUGACAUGCUCAAAACAGAUGGCUUUAGUUGGAACAAUGAGAUGAAAUGUGUGGAGGUUGACAGUGAAACAUGGAAAAGAUAUGUUAAGCAUCACAAGGAGGCAGAUAAGUGGAGGGGAAAAUUUUAUCCAAUUUUUGAUAGACUUCUUUAUAUCUUUCAAGUGCGCCGCCCUAUAGUAAACAAAACCCAAACUCCAGCCGAAGUGGUUGAGGAGAUGAACUGCGUUGAGUUUAAUACAACUGACUUUGGGACUCUGAAAGAUGCUUGUCCAAAUGCAGUUGAACAAAUAUCAACAACCAAGGACACAGAUCAAUAUCAUUCGCCACCAAGUAAGAGAAGAGAAGAUGAUUUGGGUGGUAUUCGUCAUAUCAAUGAGACAGAUAGAAAAAGGAGAAGGCGUAAAUGGUCCAGGGAGGAGGAGGAUGCACUUUUAGGCAUCUUAGAGGAUCUAGUUGCAAAGGGUCAUCAUUUCCAUAGUAGAACUUUCAGAUCUAGUACAUUGACACUGAUAGAAGAUGCUUUGUGCCAUGUAUGUCCAGCAUCGGGACUGAAAGCUUACCCACACGUUGAGUCCAAACUUAAAAAAUUGAAGAAGGGAUUCAGAACAGUGUGUGACAUACUCAACAGUGGGUUUGGGUGGGAUGAUAAAACACAAUGUGUGGUGGUUGAAUCUGAAGAAUUGUGGAAAACCUUUGUUCAGCAUCAUAAGGAGGCAGGGAAGUGGAGAUACAGACAUUUUCCAUAUUAUGACAGACUUGCUCGUAUAUUUGGAGUUGGCUACACAAAUGUAAAAACAUCUCAAGCUCAGUUUGAAGCAUUGGAGGGGAUUAACAGUGAUGAGGUUGAGUCAAGUGACUUGGGAAUAGAGGACGACACUAACUCAAGGUCUGUUGAUCGAAUCUCAACAAACAAAGAAGCAGAUUGUUCUCAUUCCCCACGAAGAAAUAGCAAAAGAAAAGAUGAGGAUUUAGGUGCUUCGUUAAACAAAGUUGCUGCUUCAUUUAUGGGAAUGAUGCAAACUUCAAAGGAGCAAAUGAGAGUAAUAAUUGAAAAUCUGCAGUCGAAAGAUAACAAUGAGUCCCUGCAACCGAAAGAUAAGAAUGGAUCUCAUCAAUCCAAAGAUAAGAAUGGAUCUCAGCAAUCCAAAGGUGACAAUGAAUCUCUGCAGUCAAAAGAGGACAGAACAGGUCAGUUACGGUCUGAGCUUAUAAAGUUGGGGCUUUCUAUUACUGAUCGAGUGAAAGCAUUGCGACUACUUAUGGCUGAUACUUGGAAUGCUGAUUUCUUCCUUACUUUGGAUGAGGAAGAGAAACUAGAAUUUGUUAAGCAACUUAUUGAUGAAUCAUCUAAAUAAUCUUCACUCAUCUUGGGCAACUGUUGAGCAUUGGCUUAAAAUGUUUGUAAAUUCUGGUAGAUGCUGCUGAUUUAAAUUGUAUGCAUAAUGAUUAGGCGGUAGCACAGUAUUUAUGUCCCAUCUUUGUUGAUGCUCCAUGGUCCUGAAUCCCGAGAUAUGUAGCCAAUUGUUGUUGUAUAUGAGUAAGUUCAAUAAUGCAAUAUUUAUGUGUUUAGC